UUUUUCAAAAUACAGAAUAGAGGUUUUCCGACUUUUUUUAUUAAAAAAAGAAAAAGAGAGGGUUUUAUAGGGUUUGUGAUACAAAAAGAACGGGAAGAAAGAGAAGAGGAACCGAGGACAUUGGAUCUAUUUUCUCUGAAGCUGAGCUCUGUCCUUUUUUUUCAGCCAUCAAGUUUACGGAUUUUAACUUAUGCAUGUCUAAAUCAAAGCAGACAUGAGGAGAGUGAGGAAAAAGAAGAAUAUUAAAGUGGACAGGAUCUCAGAGUUGCCUGAAUGCAUCGUUCAUGAUAUCUUGUCUUACCUUCCCAUCGAAGACGUAGUUCAAACCACGAUUUUGUCCAAAAGAUGGUACAGCAUGAACAAAAAUUACCCUGUUUUGUGUUUUGAUUUUGACUACUUCAUCAAAAAUUUAAAAGAAAAAUUCGCCGAAGGAGGUUCAGAUUUUCGUAAGGCUUUGAAAACUCACAGGAAACAUGUUUAUAAGUCUCUGCAUCGCUUUAGCAGGAAAAAGGAUGCUGACUGUCCAUUGCUGGAAAAUUUAACGCUCGACAGCUGUGAAGGUUUCAACCGUGUUUACAUUCACAAUCUUCUACGCCUCCACUCUGUUGAUUUUUAUGAAACUUGUUAUACGCCAGUGGUGAAGGUCAAGAUUGGCUCUCAAAGUAUUCAAAACGUUAGCAUCACAGCUAGUUCAUUGGCUAGAGAUUGGGUUAAAAUCAACAUUGAUGCCUGUGAUCACUUGAAAUUCUUGCUCUUGCGAUGUGAAGGACUUGAACAGAAAAAGUUUCACUCUCUUAUUGCGAAACUUCCACUUCUUGAGGAGCUAUAUAUUUUUAAUUGUCAACAACUCCGAGCAAUAAAGAUUUCUAGUCCACGAAUCAAGACUCUGGUGGUUUGGCCUGAUUCCAAUGAUACCUGCCUCAAUACCAUAGAAAUUGCAGCACCUAGACUGGAAAACUUCAUCUUUAUAUCUGAAAGAGAAAGGGAAAAUCCUUGUGUGAUCAAGGUUGCUGAUUGUUGUGUUGGUUUGAAAACUUUGAUGUUGCGCUGCGAAGUUAUCACAGAUAAAAUGUUCCAUAAACUAAUCUCCAAAUGGCACCUGCUCGAGAGUCUCUGGAUCUUUGGAUGCAAUAAGUUGCGAAGGAUAAAGAUUUUGAGUCCUCAACUGAAGAGACUGCAUAUUGUUAGAUGUCCUAAACUGCAAGCUGUGGAGGUUGGUAGUCGGAAUUUAUUGAAGUUAUUUUGUGGGGGACCCAAGGAACCGGAAUUUUCAGUGGCUGAUCAUUUGUACAAAACCGGUGGUUUAAGGUUCGUGCAUGAAGUCGAUUUGGACUUCGACUUUUUGAGUUAUGGGUUGGCAAAAAUGUUGAGAUAUUUUAUAAGAGAUGAAGAUCUUGUCGAAAUAAUUACUACUGCCUGUUCUAGAAUUUUUUAGGGAAAAAAAUAUUGUACUCUUUUUUCUUCCUUUUUUAUCUUGGGCAAAAUAUUUUUGAUUCCUAAAGAUAUUUUAAAUGAUUAAGAGUUACUUUAAAUACUUCAAACCCUGAGAGGGAUAAAGUACUCUCUUUAUCUGUUUUUGGUGCUGCAUAUCUGUAGCAAGAGCAUCAAAACCUUCACUCGUACUAUGAUUGAAAACGGCGUUUAAUCAAUCAGGAAUUGAAGC